AUGAAGCGGCAGAACUUGCGCACGGUCUCGCUGAUUGUCUGCGUCUUCUCCUACCUGCUGGUGGGCGCCGCCGUCUUCGAUGCGCUCGAGUCCGAGGCCGAGAUCGGCCACAAGCGCCUCCUGGAGCAGAAGCGCAGCGAUCUCCGCAGGAAGUACCGCUUCACGGCCGAAGACUACCGGGAGUUCGAGCGGCUGGUGCUACGGGCCGAGCCCCACCGAGCAGGCAAGCAGUGGAGGUUCGCAGGCUCCUUCUACUUCGCCAUCACCGUCAUCACCACGAUCGGGUAUGGACACGCUGCUCCGGGAACUGAUGCUGGCAAAGUUUUCUGCAUGUUCUAUGCAAUCCUUGGCAUCCCCCUCACCCUGGUCAUGUUCCAAAGUCUUGGUGAGCGCAUGAAUAUUCUUGUCCGGAUGGUGCUGAAGAAAAUUAAGCAGUGCCUGGGCAUGAGGCAGACCACAGUGUCCAUGAAGAACAUGGUGGUGGUCGGCUUCCUCUCCUGCAUGGGGACACUGGGCAUUGGGGCAGCUGCCUUCUCCUAUUUCGAAGGCUGGACAUUCUUCCAUGCCUUCUAUUACUGCUUCAUCACAUUGACCACCAUCGGGUUUGGAGACUUUGUGGCUUUGCAGAAACAUGAAGCUUUGCAAAAGAAGCCCCCUUACGUUGCAUUUAGCUUCAUGUACAUUCUGGUGGGCUUGACCGUGAUCGGGGCUUUCCUGAACUUAGUUGUCUUUCGGUUUUUGAUCAUGAACUCAGAAGAUGAGAGGCGGGAUGAAGAAGAGAGGGCAUCUUUGAGGAGAGCCAGGAAUUACAUCAACCUGAAACCCAGAGAAGAGAAUCAGAGCAGGAAUGAUAACCUGCUUCCUAUAGAGGACCGAACCAGCCAAAUGAACCUCAUCCCAUUGAUCCAAGAAGAGGCCGGAAGGCAGCGGGGCAAGUCUUUGAGUUCCACCACGCGAGUUCCUUCUUUCUGCACCUGUCUGUGUUACAGGCCACGGCUGAGCAGGAGUCCAGAUCCUCCUCACGCAGAAGCCUUCAGCUGCCACACAAAUCUUGUUUACUAUAAUUCGAUUUCUUAUAAAAUCAUGGAAGUCUCUCUGGGUGGCAAGGACCACACUGGUGUGUCUUCUCCCCGGAGUACUCUCUCAUCCAGUAGCCCCAGCUGCCGGGAGCACGCCCGACUCCGGAGGAAAUCUAUUUAAGAUGUGUGUGCUCUUUGGGACCUUUUUAUGUUUUAUUUUUACUCCUAGUGGUGUUGUACCGCUGAACUUGUCUUUUGAUGAUAAAUUAUUAACUGAGA